CACAACCAUAAGAGCAUGCAAAAAGUGCAUCUCUGAUUCUCUUUAAACCAAUGAGAUUUAACCAGUGAAAUGGUUGUUGAGCAGCAGAGCAGUCUGAGCCGGGGUGUGGACACGUCAGUAGCCGGCUCCACGCAGCCUGCGUGAGGAACUCUCCCCCACUACACACAGCAGAGGCGAUGGCUGGCUUGUUCAAGACGCUGCCCAGGAGUGGAGCCUGGCUUCUCCCAGCCGCCUGCUGCCGGAUCCCGCGAAGAGACUAUACUAAAAGGCGAAUCGAAGCAGAUAAUCCAGUUGUAGAAAUGGAUGGGGAUGAAAUGACCAGAGUGAUUUGGAGUUUCAUUAAAGAAAAGCUUAUUCUGCCAAAUGUUAAGGUGCAACUGAAAUACUUUGAUCUUGGUCUCCCCAAUCGAGAUAAAACAGCUGACCAGGUGACCAUUGAGUCUGCUCUGGCAACACAGAAAUAUGGAGUGGCAGUGAAGUGCGCCACUAUUACACCAGAUGAAGCUCGUGUGGAAGAGUUUGGACUGCAACAAAUGUGGAGAAGCCCAAAUGGGACUAUUCGGAAUAUUCUGGGUGGCACGGUGUUCAGAGAUCCAAUUAUUUGCAAAAAUAUCCCACGCCUGGUUCCCGGUUGGGUGAAACCAAUAACAAUAGGACGGCAUGCAUAUGGCGAUCAGUAUCGAGCCAUAGAUUUUGUCAUGGACAAACCUGGCAACUUCAAACUUAUCUUCGAACCUAAAGAUGGAAGCAAAUCUCUGGAAUGGAAUGUGUUUGACUUUCCUAGUGGAGGAGUGGGAAUGGGAAUGUACAAUACCGAUGAGUCUAUUACAGGAUUUGCACACAGCUGUUUCCAGUAUGCCUUGUCCAAGAAAUGGCCUCUUUAUAUGAGUACCAAGAACACCAUUAUGAAGGCCUAUGAUGGAAGAUUUAAGGACAUAUUCCAGGAUAUUUUUGAAGCAAAUUACAAAGCAAAAUUUGAUAAGAUGGGCAUCUGGUAUGAGCACCGGUUGAUCGAUGAUAUGGUGGCACAGAUGCUGAAGUCCUCGGGAGGUUUCGUCUGGGCUUGUAAGAACUACGACGGAGAUGUCCAGUCUGACAUCCUGGCACAAGGAUUUGGUUCUCUGGGGCUGAUGACAUCAGUGCUGAUUUGUCCAGAUGGGAAGACAAUUGAAGCUGAAGCGGCUCAUGGAACAGUUACUCGACAUUACAGAGAGCACCAGAAGGGUAAAUCCACCAGCACAAAUCCAAUUGCCAGCAUAUUUGCCUGGACUCGAGGGCUGGAACACAGAGCAAAGCUGGAUAGCAAUCAUCAGCUUAAGCAGUUUUCUAAUACACUAGAGCAGGUGUGUGUGGAAACUGUGGAGAGUGGUAUCAUGACAAAGGACUUGGCUGCUUGCAUUUACGGACUUCAGAAUAUAAAGCCAGGGCAACACUAUGUGUACAUGGAGGAAUUUCUUGAUGCCGUCAAGGAAAACUUGGACACGAAGUUGAGUCAUUGAAACUGACCAA